UCAUCGAGUGCACGGCCGGUUCUGCAGCAUUACAGCGACAGGGCGACGCUCCAGCCCCUGCAGUCAUGUGUUAGGGACCAGAAUAAAACAUCACUGUCCUGAAGGUGGACACUAAGCAGAGGACCAGCGGACGAGAGAAGUGUGCUGUUGAAAUCCCUCACUAAUCCUCCUGCAGGUGUACUGGAGCCAUGUUUUCAUAGAGCCCAGAUUCCCUUAGUGCAAAAGAUGGCCAACCGCAGCAUGCCAGCGUGCCUACAGCGAGACGCUGGGCUCUCCAGCUCUGCCGAAGCCAAAAGAGCAGAGCCCAGGGCCAACGAGAAGAAAUGCUCAUGGGCAUCUUACAUGACUAACUCCCCAACUUUGAUCGUCAUGAUUGGCCUACCUGCGAGAGGCAAGACCUACAUGUCAAAGAAGCUGACACGCUAUCUCAACUGGAUAGGAGUUCCAACAAAAGUAUUUAACUUGGGGGUCUACAGGAGAGAGGCGGUCAAAUCGUACAAGUCUUACGACUUCUUUAGACAUGACAACGAAGAGGCCAUGAAAAUAAGGAAGCAGUGUGCUUUGGUAGCCCUGCAAGAUGUGAAGACCUAUUUGAAUGACGAGGGAGGACAAAUUGCAGUAUUUGAUGCUACAAACACAACCAGGGAGAGACGAGAUCUCAUCUUGAAUUUUGUAAAAGAGAAUGCCUACAAGGUGUUUUUCGUGGAGUCUGUUUGUGAUGACCCAGAUGUUAUUGCUGCUAACAUUUUGGAAGUGAAGGUGUCAAGCCCGGAUUACCCAGAAGCUCACAGAGAAAGGGUCAUGGAUGACUUCUUGAAACGCAUUGAGUGCUACAAAGUCACCUACCAGCCUCUAGACCCAGAAGGCUAUGACAAAGACCUGUCCUUCAUUCAGGUGAUGAACGUGGGCCGUCGUUUCCUAGUGAACCGCGUGCAGGACUACAUCCAGAGCAAGAUCGUCUACUACCUCAUGAACAUUCACGUGCACUCACACUCCAUCUAUCUGUGCCGACAUGGAGAGAGCGAUCACAACAUGCAGGGCCGCAUCGGGGGCGACUCGGAGCUUUCUCCCCGGGGAAAACAGUUUGCAGCAGCUUUGCGUGGGUUUAUUGAGGAGCAUGGCCUGUCAGAUCUGAAGGUGUGGACCAGCCAGCUGAGGAGAACCAUCCAGACGGCAGAGGCUCUGGGAGUGCCCUACGAACAGUGGAAGAUCCUGAAUGAGAUUGAUGCUGGUGUUUGUGAGGAGAUGUCCUAUGAGAUGAUUCAGAGCACAUUUCCCGAAGAGUUUGCUCUGAGGGACCAAGACAAGUACCAUUACAGAUACCCUGGAGGAGAGUCCUAUCAGGACCUGGUCCAGCGUCUGGAGCCAGUCAUUAUGGAGCUGGAGAGACAGGGCAACGUGCUGGUCAUCUGCCACCAGGCUGUCAUGAGAUGUCUCCUAGCUUAUUUUUUGGACAAGAGUGCAGAUGAUCUCCCUUACUUAAAGUGUCCACUCCACACUGUUCUGAAGCUCACUCCUGUUGCCUACGGUUGUAAAGUGGAGCUGUUUUACCUGGAUGUGGAGGCAGUGAACACACACCGUGACAGACCACUCGGUAAAGCUCGGACGGGCCCGGCCCCUCUGCUGCUGCGGCGGAAUAGUUACACUCCUCUGUCCAGUCACGACCAGGUCAAACGCCCGCGUCUGUACAGCGCAGGGAACCGGCCUUGGCUUCCUCUGGCGCCUUCCCCCUCCGCCUUGCACUUUCCCAACACACGAGGGGGUGCUGCUGCAAAGCCAACCCCGGGUAGCAGGCGGUUGUCUGAAUCCUUGUGUGAAGGAAUCGACUUUGACAGCUCAGAAGAAGCUGCUGACUGCUUCCGCUUCUGAAUAGCAAAGGAAGCUCUAAGGAGCCUAUGUGUCGCACAAAUCUAACUACCAGUCUUUAUAGCCCUGCCCUCUCCACUGAUGACUGGACUACAUUUCCCAUCAUCCCACUGCACACAAAGUUUACCAGCGCAGCACAUUUGCAUGUGCCCUUUAAGGAGUUAAAUAUGUAUUCAGUCACAGAUACAAUAAUAAGCCAGGCUUUAAUGAUAAGUGUGGGAUGCCUUAAUGUAAAAGACUGCACAUGAGAGAUGCCCUAAACUGAUUCCCAUAACUGAAUGUAUUUUUUUUAGUAUAUGUAAACAGGUCUAAGGCCACAUUUGAAUCCUAGUAUUUCUUGUCUUGAGUAUUUCAGAUUAUGUUUCCUCUUCGCAAGGUUACAAGUAGGGUAAAUAUUAGGUUCAGACUGAUAUAUCGGGGUGAUAAUAAGCUUCCAUGGAUUUGUGAACUCAUAUGAACCUGUAAAUUUGAACAUAAAACAUUAUCAUAUAUAAAAUAACAAACAUUUCAAAUGUGUUUAAACCUAACUUUUUUUUUUUUUGGAAAAAUAUUUUGUCAUCAGGGAAUUGCAAGUUUGAGCCAUCCGUGACAGGGGUUAGAAGAGAGUGUUAUUGUCCUCUUGGUGUCUGGAUGGGUAGAGUGGUCUUCGCUCUCCCCCCAUCACUUAGUAUAAUGUUAGCCAACAAGGGCAUCUGUUUGCUGAUGUAACAGAGUAGGCAGUUAGCAUUCUCCUCCAUGUGUAUUGAGUCCAAUGAUGUGACAUUAGCGAAAGUUUUUAAAGAUGCCCCCCCUGCUUAGUACAGUUGUAUGCCAAACUUUAAGCACUCCUGGUCAAAUUACAUCUUUUGCUAAUAUGAAAUGAAAUAAGUUAAAACCUCCUCUGCAGAGAAAAUACUUACGUAUGGCAAUUUCUAUUAUUUUCUGAUUUUAACAUAUUGGACAAAAAUGUAAAACAUGAAAUACAAAAUGUGCCAUAACUUUUAUUUUUCUUUCCCUGAUAUGUUAAAUUCAUAAUAAAUAGUAAUUGUGCAUUAAAAUAUGCAGAUGUAUGUUCUCUGUAGAGUGUAUGUACUUAUUUUAUACUUUUUUUAUACUAAUUACAUGUAACUUUACAUACUGCAGCAUUAUGUGAUUGAUGGAGACCUAGCUAGCAGGUGGGAAUUGGCCAGGAGAAAAGCUAAAAGAAGAAGAGUUUACAGCUAAUUUACAGCCAAAAAAAAACUACUACGAAUGCAUGGAAGCUCUGCCCCUUAUGCUGAAUUUUCUAUAUUAUUUAAAAUUUGUGAGUUUAAAAAUGUGAUAAUUAAGAACUUGGAAUUAUAUUUAACUCUAUAAUUCACAAUUAACAAUCAUAUCAGUCAGGGUAGCACUUUUUAACUCAAACUUUUGGAAAUGCUUUAAUUUUUGACCAUGUAAAAUUAUAUAUACAUUUAUUGUAUCGGUAACUGGAAUGUAUCAGUAUUCGUGACAAAAUCUUUCGUUUAGGCUCCAGCAUACAGUCGUAUGCAGAAGUCUGAAGUUUGUCACUGACCUCCAGUAAAAUGAUGUUUUUUGAUUUUCUAAGUGAAAUACUUACUCUAAUGAGAAAAACUUAAAGGGGGCUUUAAAGGAGGCCUUUUCCGUUUUUUCUCUUUCCUUUAGUGUGUUAUAUAGCUUUUUGUGCAUGUAAAUGGUCUGCAAAGUCCCAAAGCCCACAGUAAACGCUAGAGGGAGUAACUCUCUCCCACAGUAACCACUUUUCUCAGCUGCCUGAAAUGCCUCGUUGGGCUUACAGCCCUUUGCCUUUAUUACAAGAUGACGCAAUCUCGUAACACAAUUUUUGUUGCCCAGCUACUGACAAGCUUGGCACACCCUCACACAAGAGAGCUAGAAAGUAAAAACUUACCACUCAGAAACGGUUCUGCCUGACUUUCAGGAUCAGACUCUGGCUCAAACUGAUACAGCAGAACCGACGCCAUUGUAAGAAUAGCCACAGCGGUGUAGGGCAGGGUCUUGUAGCAGGAUGCUGCUCUGGCUCUUGCCCACUCUGUUCUGACCAAUCAGAACAGAGUGGGCAAGCUUACCAAUCAGAGCUCACUGAGCUCAUUGGGAGGUGGGGUUUAAAAACACAGAUGAUCUAACAGAGUGUCUAACAGUAUGAGAAAAAUAAUGUGGUUUUGGAACAUUGAAGCAUGUAAAUCUAUUCUAGUAGACCCCAAAAAUAAAAUUAUAAACAUUGACACUGAGCAAAAUAGGUCCCCUUUAAAUAUGACAUUUUUCUGCAAAUUAUAGUGCACAAAAUCUGUUUAAGGCUGCACUAUGUAAGAUUCAAAGUCUGUUUAAAGCUGUACUAUGUGAGUUUUUUGUUAAAAUGGAAAGACAUAGUGUUACCGGGUCAGGAGGGAAAAAAACACUAAAAUAUGUGCGCUGCUGCGAGUCGCCCUGUAAAGCCUAAAAUAUUAAGUUUAAAGUCAGAAACGCAGGGUUUUUUUUGGGGGGGGUUUUUCAGACCGCAUCACUCUUCUUUACAUACUAAUGUCAUAUGCACAGGCCCAAAAAGAAAGUCUAGAACAAUGUUUAGAUUCAAAUGCAAGACCAACAUUAUACUGAAGAAAAUAUUCUUCACCAGGUUCUCCUCGUUCUGUGCAGUUACACAUUCCAGGUGUCCAGAUCCCCAGAAUUUACAUAGAGUAGCUUUAAAAUAUUGGAAAAUAAAAUGAAACAUACAAUAUAAAAUGUGGCCACAAUGUUUUACAUCCAACAAAUACACAGUAACUACAUUAAAAUGUGCAAAAUUGUCUUUGUUCUCUGUAGAGGAUAUGUACUUAUUUUCACUUAGAAAAUCAGCAAAAUGUCAUUACAGUGGGGUGCACAAAUUUUUGCUGAUGACUAUAUGUAGAAUGUUAUAUUUAUUGGCACUUGAUAUCCAGUGGACAAGACUAGACCUUUGACCAAAGAUACACUACAGUUGUAUAUUGAGAAUUAUUUAAAUGUCUUAGAAACAACAGGGCUUGAAUGGAGACUUUAACACAUAGAGAUUUAUUUUGUGUAGUCCGAACAAAAAAACACGCACAGAUUGUUGUCUAAAGGAGUGUUAAUGUUAUGCUGUAUAUUGUUACUUUAUCACAAAUAUGGAUGUUUUGCGUUACUGAAGAUGUUCGCUGCAUAUUUGGAUGGGAUGAUUUGAGAUUGUAUGUAUUGUAAGUUAUUUGAUUGGUGAAAUGUUUUCAGUAUGACAUCAUGACGGUAUGUCAGCAAAGCUGUAUGCACAUUACGCACAUCAUGUACAUUCACUGUUUUACAUACAGAUCUUUAAAUUGCGUAUAUAAAUUACAUGGAAUGUAGUCUAUUUCUAGUCUGUCUAGUUUAAUCACUAGAACACUGCAAAGACUAUGAUUAAUCAUAUCUCUGAUUGAUGUAACUGGGCUGCAUGUGCAACUAUCCAGAUAUUACCUCCUGAAUAUAUCUUUGAAUGGCUCUGUGCCUUUGGGCAGACACGGCUGUUGCAUUGUUCUAAUUCUACAAUAUCCAGGCUUUUAUUGUAUAAAACAUAUUAAUGUGCCAUUAACAAAUGUAGUUAAGCAUGCUUUGAUCAUGAACGUUAGUUAUAUGAAAAUAUCACGUAUGUAGAUGACUCUGCAUUCAAAACUGCUUUGUUACUUAACUGAUAAACCUUUUUUUUUCAUUUUUCAUGCUUUUGUGUUAUGUGACACUGAUUGCUCUCAUUACCUGUAAAUUAAACUGCCUAUGAAGCUGAAUUAAGAGCACUUAA